GUGUUUAUCCAAUUAUUCCAAACGUUAAAACAAUCGAGUUAUGCAUUCCGAGUUCGGGUGUAAUGCUCGAGUUUUGUUGAUGUUUUUUUCGAGCUAGUGAUCCGAAUUUUUAUUGUGUCCGUUUGUCUCGCGCCCACCCGACGUUAUUAUGUCGAGAAAUUUUGUCCACUAUUUAUACUGAUAUUGGUUUGUUUGUUUUUUUUAUUUUUUUUUUUUUAAUUUUACGUUUUCCCUCCUUGGUUGAAUUCGGUUUUCAUUAAGUUUUCGACAUUGCAUCAACGGUUCCAUCGCAAUGUACGCUCGCAGUAAGACGCCGAGCAUGGGUACACCAUCCGUGUACUCGAUACACGCCAGCCAUCUGACCCUACGGUCGUCCAACCUGCGGUCUACGCGGUCCAUGAAGUCUCUACGUGUGCCGUGGUACCAACGACCUAUAUUAAAAGACGCUUACUUCAUUGACACUCAGAGAGGAGCGCUUAUUAUCGCUUUCUAUUCUUUGUUCCUUAGUAUCUUCACAUUGGUCACAUCUGCAUUCGACACGUAUUGCCUGGCCAUGGCUGCACCUGGAUCCACACAUUACGGGUAUUAUGUUAUGAGCUAUCAAUUUGUCUAUGUCGGAAGCGCUUGGGUGAGAAAUAUAUUGGUUUUGUUCUCAUUGUUUUCAUUUGUUGCCGCAGCUGUAAUUUUUGUUACUAGCUUGAUCUUAAUAUCUGCUCUACGCAAGGAGCAUGAGAAAAGAAUUGUACCAUGGCUGUUUUCGUUUGCUGCAUUCCUAGUAUUCCGAUUUAUAGCUUGGCUUUUUUCAUCAAUUGCUAACGAUCCUAUAUUUGGUUAUAAUUUCACCAUGAUUUUGUUGGGCGCAGUGUUUUCUGUUAUUAAUGUAUAUGGUUGGAUACUUGUGUAUUCUUUGUAUUUGGAACUGUUUGAUUUGACCAAACUUGAAGAUUUAGCUCACCUGAGAAUUGGAACUAUGGCCUCCUUGAAUGCAUCUACCACACAUUCUUUAGCUGGAUCUCGUCCCACUACACCUCAUAGCACAGUUUCUACUGCUCCUGUGUAAUGCAAUUAAUUGUAUUUAUAUAUUAAUCAAGUAUUAUUGAAAUGUAUUUUAGUGUAUGUUUUAUUUUAUUUUGUAAGACUUAUAACAAUGCGCUUUGACACAAUGUAAUUUUAUCCGUCCAUUUCGUGUUCAAAUGUAUUAAAUUGUUAACA